AUGGAGAGCUCUGGCAAGAUGGAGAGCGGAGCCGGCCAGCAGCCGCAGCCCCCGCAGCCCUUCCUGCCGCCCGCAGCCUGCUUCUUUGCGACCGCGGCGGCGGCGGCGGCGGCAGCGGCAGCCGCAGCUCAGAGCGCGCAGCACCACCAGCAGCAGCAGCAGCAGCAGCAGCAGCAGCAGGCGCCGCCGCAGCAGGCGCCGCAGCUGAGCCCGGUGGCCGACGGCCAGCCCUCAGGGGGCGGUCACAAGUCAGCGGCCAAGCAGGUCAAGCGCCAGCGCUCGUCCUCUCCGGAACUGAUGCGCUGCAAACGCCGGCUCAACUUCAGCGGCUUCGGCUACAGCCUGCCACAGCAGCAGCCGGCCGCCGUGGCGCGCCGCAACGAGCGCGAGCGCAACCGGGUCAAGUUGGUCAACCUGGGCUUUGCCACCCUCCGGGAGCAUGUCCCCAACGGCGCUGCCAACAAGAAGAUGAGCAAGGUGGAGACGCUGCGCUCUGCGGUCGAGUACAUCCGCGCGCUGCAGCAGCUGCUGGACGAGCACGACGCGGUGAGCGCUGCCUUCCAGGCGGGCGUCCUGUCGCCCACCAUCUCCCCCAACUACUCCAACGACUUGAACUCUAUGGCGGGUUCUCCGGUCUCGUCCUACUCCUCCGACGAGGGAUCCUAUGACCCUCUUAGCCCAGAGGAACAAGAGCUUCUGGACUUUACCAACUGGUUCUGA